AUCUUGACCCACAGAUUCACUUCUUCCCCUUCUUCAAUUCCUGUAUGGUGAUGAUACACGAUCUAUUCAACGCACCCGACGCCGAUGUCGUGGUUCGCUCUUCUGACAAUGUUGAGUUCCGACUUCACAAGAAAAACCUUGAAUGCACGACUGGCGCUUUCCCCCCUGCCGGGACACCUGUUCAUACGGAUGAGAUCGUUCGUCUCACGGAGUCCGCAGCGACAUUGGAAAUUCUUUUCCAGUUCAUCUAUCCUCGUCGAAUCCCUUCCUUGGAGAGCCUGGACUUUGACUCACUUUUGCCGCUCGCAGAGGCAGCGGAGAAGUAUGAAGUUACGGGAUCUGUAUAUGCAUGUGAGGCUGAAUUACGGAAAUUCUUUAAAACGAAUCCAAAGCAAAUUCUUGAAUUCUCUGUAAGACAUAAUUGCACGGAGCUAUUCGAAAAAAUUAAGCCAAUCAUGAUAUCGAUGGACACACCUCUCUCAGAGGUUAUAGAUAUUCUUCCCUGCAAUCUAUACAAGCCUUGGAGUCUUCUACGAGAGCAACAUUUGUUGCGGACGGCUAAGCUGGGUCUCAGGCGCUAAACCUCUGCAUUUCUAAUAUGAUUCCUCAGUACUUCCUUAUUCCCGCUACCUCUUUAGAGGUUGAAGGGUUUUGUAGACCCAACAUUUUGAUUUUGCCAUCAAAUGUCCUACCAUGUGCUUUUAUUCACCGAAUUUUAGUCAUUCAACUUUUAUUUAUUUGAUGUUGACAUUGAUUGGGUUCUCCCUUUGUUUCACCUUUGUAAUCAAUGUUUAAUUCUGUAACCUUGACAAGUUUCUGUAGCUGACAAAUUAUCCUGUUUUGGCCUCCU